UGAGUGGUCAGCGGUCACUCUGUGAUGGGGACGGCGAGUUAGGAGCAGCUCUGCGGAUCAUCUGAAGGGAACUUCAUGACCGUGAGAGAUGGAGAACCUCACAGACGUUCCUGCUAAAGGCCUCGUUCUGACGUGUAACCUGACCAACCACGACUUCAUCUUCAACGUCAUCCCGCUCGUCUACAGCUGCAACUUCCUUCUGGGCAUUGUGGGUAACAGCAUGGUGGUGGCAGUCAUCUACUACCACCUGAAGCUGAAGACAGUGGCGAAUGUCUUCGUGCUGAAUUUAGCGCUGUCAGACCUGACGUUCCUCAUCACUCUGCCCAUGUGGGCCACCUACACAGCUCUGGGCUACGACUGGCCGUUUGGAGACUUCCUCUGUAAGGCAGUGGCGGGUUUAGCCUUCUUCACACUUUACGCCAGCGUUUUUUUCCUCACGGCUCUUAGCAUCGACCGAUAUUUAGCCAUUGUCCACCCUGUGGAGUCCCGGCAGUGCCGGACGGUGGCGUAUGCCUGGUGCGUGUGCGCUCUGGUUUGGCUCUUUGCCUUUGCCCUCAGCCUCCCAAUGACGUACAUCCGCAAAACACACUUCAUCAAACACGCCAACGUGACCGUGUGCGGCCUGCUGGACACAGAACACAAGAGCUUAUUGGCCGCUCUGAGUUUGAUGAAGGCUGUUUUCGGCUUCCUGUUGCCCUUAAUCAUCAUCCUCACGUGUUACUCUCUGAUUGGCCGAGCCCUGCUAGAGGCAGGGCAAAUCCAGAAGAGUUCCAGGACGCAGGGGGAUGAAGUUCUGCGGAUGCUGGCAGCCGCCGUCCUCUCGUUUUUCCUCUGCUGGGCUCCUCACCAGGUCUUCAACUUCAUGGAGGCCUUGCUAAUGCUAAAACAGAUCAGCGACUGCGCUGUAGUGGCAGUGAUCGACACGGCCAUGCCCUUCGCCAUCUGCAUCGCCUUCUUCAACAGCUGCAUGAACCCCAUCCUGUACGGCUUUGUGGGGAAGAACUUCCGCAGGAGCCUCCUGAAGCUGCUGAGAUGUUCCUCCUCCAGCUCCAUUCUGAAUCAUCCCAACCUCAGCACCAAGAUGAGCACCCUGUCCUACAGAGCAUCCGAAACAGCGCAGAGUGUGGAGAGGAAGAACACAACGCUGCCGCGAGAAAACUGAGUGUCCACGGGAGCUACUAGGCUAACAUAGCUAAUAUGUAGUUAGCAUUUAGUUUAGUUAGCGUUUAGCUAAGUGCUAAUUUACAUGUAACAGUGUGUUUUAAGCUUUACACCAAUCAGGCGUAACAUCAUGACCUCCUCCUUGUUUCUACACUCAUUGUCCAUCUUAUCAGCUCCACUUACUGUAUAGCUGCACUUUGUAGUUCUACAG